GAAUUAUGAAAAAUCCUUUUUUUAUAUUGUGUUACAUACAGUUUGCUUGUUAUAUCCUAGUCGAUCAAAAAGUAAUCCGAACAGUUUUAUCUCCUUUAUUUCUGCUUAGAUUUUCAAGACUUUUUAUCGUUCUUGAUUUUCGAGUACCUUGAAAAGUUUUAGCAGGCAACACUGCGAGAGACCCGCAGGGUCUCAAAAAGGGACUCAACACAAUUUAACCGGAAGUCAGUUGGUCUCUCAAAGUGUCUCAAUCGUAAAAAUCGAAAAUAACAACAAAACUUAAAAACAUUACGCAUCUUUGUCGCUUGAAUAUGAAUUUUUUUGAAGAACUACCAAAAAUAGAACUGCACGCCCAUCUCAAUGGAUCGCUCAGUAAUAGAACGCUGCAGGAGCUUCGAAAACUGAAGUAUGGAACUAACGAAAAUGGGUCGCCCGAGGAUUCCGGCUUCUAUAGGAUUGACCAUGGUCACAGUAUGGACUUGAGAUCAUGCUUCCAGAAAUUUAAAUACGCGCACGAUUUAACGGAUCAACCGGACCUCCUGGCAUACGCAACCCAGGCAGUGAUCGAGGAUUUCGCCAACGAUCAGGUAAUCUACCUGGAGUUGCGCACUAGUCCGAAAGCAAAUCAGGGCAUGUCGAAGCACGACUAUUUAUUAACGGUUUUACAAACAAUAAGAAAAGUAAAAGAUACAAUUCCAUCGAUCACGGUGAAAUUGCUCCCUUCGAUUGAUCGCUCAAAAGGUAUUGCUGAAGCGAACGAAACUAUCGACCUAGUCUUGUCCCUUCAUCAAACCUUUUCGGACAUCAUAGUCGGGGUGGACCUCAGUGGUCCACCUUAUGGGACAAAAUUUUCCGACUUCGUUCCCGUUUUAAAACGGGCUAAAGAAAAGGAUCUCAAGAUGGCCCUUCACUGUGGGGAGUUCGAGGAUGAUGGCGAAGUUCGGGAAAUGUUUGAAUUUGGCACCGAUAGAAUCGGACAUGGUACCUUCAUAGAGGGAGAUACUUUGAAGUUUGCCAAGGAACAUCGAAUCCCGUUCGAGUGCUGCCUCACUAGCAACGUGAAAUGCGCGACGGUUGGUUCCUAUCGAGAGCAUCACUUCAAAAAGCUGUGGGAUGCCGGACAUGAGGUUUGCAUUUGUACUGACGACUUUGGAGUUUUCGACACAACGCUGUCUCGGGAGCUUGCCAUUUGCAGCGAAACGUUCGAGCUGAGUCAAGAGGAAAUUUUUGGACUUCAGGUUCGAGCCAUCGAAUACGCAUUUGCCAGCGAAAACGAGCGCUCGCGUCUCAUGAACGUUCUCAAUCGUUUCAAAAAUGACAGGAUGCCUUGUUAGUUCACUAUUUUAAUGAUUACAGCUUUCAGAUUUGGUUUACACUUUAUACAGGUUUAGUUUUUUCUCUCCUUUCUAUUUCACUACGAAACUCCCACCAGCGCUCACAAAUUUGCUGUAAAAGCAUGUUCACGUGGAUUUAUUUGUGCUUCAGUUUGUCCUUUCUAUUGGUUUGAUAAUUUCGAACUUACCCGUUCUAUUUUUUUCCCAAAAGCAUUCCUCAAUGUUUUCUUUAGCAAUAGUCUCCAAGACAACUUGCUUUAACGGUUCUUUUUUAUACUUUAAACAUAAACAUAACGAGCACAUUUUCACAUUGUAAGCUAUGAACUUUUGAUAUUUUACAUACUAUUGUUAAUUAAUAAGGUGAACAAACACAAAUUUUCAGUGUGCCACUUGGUUUGUUGACUUUUUGGCUUCGACCUGCAACUUAACUUUUUUUUUUCAAAUGUAUUUCAUGUGCCAUUCUGAUCGAGAACUGUCUAUUGCACAAGCUUAUUGAUAUUUGCUCCUAUGGAUUUCUAUAGGCUCGUUAUGGAUUUCUAUUAUGGUUCCUAAAAGGGA